AGGUGGUUACAUCACAGCGACAGGGGAGAUGGAGUUUGUUCUUAUAAUAGAGCAGCGACAGAGUGUAUUGUUCGUACUUAACCCUACUGAUAUCUUUCGCGUUCUUGCUGCAAGAGAGAGUAAGAGUAGAAGCAGCUACAUCUAUUAGAGAUAUUAGAGUAAAAUUGUUGUAGCAUCAGCAUAGUUCUUGAGAAGAUCAACAAACGAAUAAAAUGCCGCAGCCAAAGGAGAGCGACUGCGCUUGGCCGUAUCCUGUUGGGACCGCUGGUAAGGCGUGGACUGAUAAACAGAAGUUAGAGUGGGAAUCACGCUGGUCGCCGCAACGUUCUUACAAGGAAGAAGUACUGGGUAAGCUGGAUAAGUUCAAGAAAUCUGUCCCUAACUUCGACGAACUCUUUGAGGUGGUCAAGUACGGGUUUUUGUCCGUGAAUCCAAAGCGCUACCCAUUAAUGGCUGUGAAACCUCGAGCAGGAACUUUUUGUAAGACGAAGAAGACGGUGCUUUUCACUGGUGGAGUCCACGGCUACGAGACGAGCGGGGUGCAAGGCGCUCUUCUGUUCCUGGAGAAACAUGCAGUUGAAUACUCGAAGAGAUUUAACAUCAUCUGCGCGCCGUGUGUCAGUCCUUGGGGCUACGAGCAUAUUCAACGGUGGACCUGGAAAGCGGUCGAUCCGAAUAGGUCUUUCUCGAGAACAGACCAGACAGUCCAGACCGAGGAAAGCGUGGCUUUAAUGAAGUUUAUUGACGAUAUUGUAGGACCAUCACAACAAGAUGAUGAGCCUCCAAGGAGCCCUGGUACUAGUAGUAAAAAGAUGAAAAGUUCUUGUCCAAGCUCGCCGACAAGUACUAGAAGUUGUAAAAAGGUGGAUACUUGUUCGACGGGAGCUGCAGCUCGUAGCAUGAUUCCUAUCGACCUCCACAUCGACCUGCACGAAACCACUGACACGGAUGCAACGGAGUUUAGACCCGCCAAAGCGGCAAGAGAUGGCAACGCUUUCGUUUUUGAGCGAGAUGGACAGAUACCUUACGGCUUUUAUCUCGUGAUGGAUAGCGUCUACUGUGCGGGUCGCGAUGUCACAAAUCCAGGUAAAAUCCCAUCUGGGAAAAAGCUCACCGAAGGAGAACGGAUCGCGGCAGGUCUAUCUUCAUCUAGUACUGAUGGUGCUGACUUGCAAAUAAAGGCUGUUGUUCCGAAGGACCAUCCUCUGCAGAAGAAGUUUUACAUGUCAAUGUUGAAGGAAGUCAAAAAGAUCACACAUGUGUGUACGGACGAUGCCAUCCUAGGGUUUGCCUGCGUGGAGGAAGGUGGCGCAGUGCCGAUUCCGGUUAAGAGUUUGAACUUGUGUCAAGCUCUGACCGACGCACCGUAUACGACGACUACAGAGGUGUAUCCAGACGCAGAAGGAGUAACCGGUGAGAUCUGCAACAAAGCGCAAGUUGCCUGUAUUGUAGGAGCACUUGAAUUUCUUACGAAGUUGGGUGGGGAAGGAAAUCCACCAGCUAGUCCAAAGGCGGGCUCUUCACCGAUGAAGUCAAACAGUCCGAAGCGAAGAAAGAUUGAGUAAUCAAUAUCAGUGACUGAAAAUUCAUAAUUGUUCUGGUUCUAGAAUUUGAAAUUCGGAAUUGUCUCCAUUUGUUGCAGAGGACAAUAAAUGCAGGACAGCAAACAAAUGAAGAGGAAAAUGAGACGAGGUGGUCGGAGC